UGUCAGAGUUUCACAGAUUGAAGGAGAAGCAGAAGUUUGUCUCUUUGUCCUCUAAAGUCUCUUCAGUUUGACCUGCAGGUUCCUGAGACAAACCAACAUCAAGAGAUUUAUUACUUCACUCAACAGAGACGAUGGAGCUGAUAUCACUCCUCCUCCUCUUCACUCCGAUGUUGAGCAGCUGCACUAAAUUGAUCCAACCUCUGGACUGCAGCGACAUCCACCACCAAGACAACAGCCGCCAGACUGGAGUCUACACCAUCUACCCCCUUGGAAAAAGGUCUGAAGUCCAGGUUUACUGUGACAUGGAUUCAGAAGGAGGACGCUGGACGGUGUUCCAGAGGAGGAUGGAUGGCUCGGUGAACUUCUACAGACCCUGGGAUCACUACAAGCUGGACUUCGGUAACGCUACUGGAGAAUACUGGCUCGGUCUUGACAACAUCCACUACCUGACAACCAAGCAGAAGUAUGAGCUGCUGGUCACCAUGGAGGACUUUGACGGAAAGAAAGUGUUUGCUCGGUACACUUCAUUCAAGGUGGACGCUGAAUGUGACGGAUACAAAAUUCAUGUCUCUGGAUUCAUCGAUGGAGGAGCAGGAGACGCCCUGACUUAUCACGAUGGACAGAAGUUCUCCACUUUUGACAAAGAUCAGGACUCCUGGUCUGGAAACUGUGCCAGAUCAUAUCUGGGGGCGUUCUGGUACAAGACUUGUCACAAUGCAAACCCCAACGGAAUUUAUCGCUGGGGGGCUGACAAAACUCUCUUUGCUGUUGGAGUGGAGUGGAGUCAAUGGAAGGGUUAUGACUACUCCCUGAAGUCCAUCAGCAUGAUGAUCCGUCCUGUGCAGUAAAUCUCCAGGACCAACAUACAGCAGAAUAUUUCUCUAUUGUGAUUUAUUUCUUUUCUCUCUCAUUAAUUAAUCAUAUAAUCUCAUGUAUAGUCGGUAUAAUACAGGUGGAUUUUAAAAGCGUUUCACUGUGUUAGAGCCAACAAAAUCUAUCUGAAAUAAACCUGAUCCUGUCUGGAUGUCUCUGC